UACACUCGGUAGCUACUUAUAGUACAGACUCGCGCAGAGGACCGAGCAUCCCGCAAUUCACGCGCACAGCAUUUCAAUCUGGACCCGCAGGGCUCGAGCCGCAGCUGUUCUCUGCUACUGUGCGGGUUCCACGACGACCCAUGAGAACUUUCAUUUGACUUCAUCGUUUCAUUUUAUUUUUAUUUUCAUUCAUUAAUUAUUCUAAUUUUUUGUUUCAUUCAAUAGGCUGCAAUUAAUUCAUGCUUGCUCAUCUUUUCCAAACUGCCUCAUUCGUUUUUUGGGAACUCCAGUGGUUUUUCCCCUCAUUUGCCUGCCUGAACGGAAUACCUCGCAUUUGGAAUUGGUAACGUUACCUGCUUGCCUUUUUAUCCACACCGGGGGGAUUAACUUCCAUGUCUCCACGGACAUCCAGCACUUCGGCGGCGACGACACGGGCCGCCUUCCUGUGAGGAAUGUACGUGCUCCCCACGGCCGGUUGAUCGGAGUGUGCUCCACUCAGUCGUAGCUAUAUUUUACCGAAUGAGAAACUGCCUGCUGUCCGCGGUGCUGCUCUCUCUUAUCUCGAGCAGGACUAAUAGAGGAGUAGCUGUUCCCAUCGGGAUGGUUCACUUCUAACCGGGCUCCUAUUCAGCAUUUUUUACUUUUUUUUACUUUUUUUCCUGGAACGGGGGAUAUUGAGUUUGGAUUGUCACAAGCAGCACUCCAAACAAGACACUUUCUAUCUUUUUUUCGAAUUAGAAAUUCCCGCGAAACGGAAUUUGACCGUAACGGUCGUAACGGACCAUGGGCGACUCUCUGUGGAGAUACUACUUUGGAGUUUUAGUCAUCACGUGCAAGGUGAACCUGUCCCGCGCGCUCAUCCUGGACUCCAUAUACUGGAACACGACGAAUACCAAGUUCGUGCCAGGACAGGGUCUGGUGCUGUAUCCACAGAUCGGGGAUAAGAUGGACAUAGUUUGCCCACGCGUGGAGGGCGGCUCUACGGAAGGAGUGGAGUAUUAUAAACUCUAUAUGGUUCCUCUGGAACAACUAAAGUCCUGUCAGGUCACAAAGGCAGACACGCCUCUACUCAACUGCGUCAAACCGGACCAGGACGUCAAAUUCACCCUCAAAUUCCAGGAGUUCAGCCCAAACCUUUGGGGCCUGGAGUUCUUUAGGGGGAAAGACUACUACAUUAUAUCUACAUCUAAUGGAACGAUGGAAGGACUGGAUAAUCAGGAAGGAGGGGUGUGUAAAACCAAGUCGAUGAAAAUCAUCAUGAAGGUUGGACAAAACCCCUCCGAUCCCUUUUCCCCCAAAGAAUACCCCACCAGUUACCCUCCCAAACACCCCGACGCAGGGGGCAAGGAGACCAAAUCGAAUGAAGUACUUGACAAGCCCGAUGCAUCUCAACAAGGAGAAGAGAAGGGAGAUGGAAAUAAAUCAUCCUCAGUCAUCGGCUCUGAGGUUGCCCUGUUCGCCUGCAUCGCCUCAGCCAGCGUCAUCUCACCUCAGCACGCCACCACGCUGUCACUCAGUACAUUAGCCACGCCCAAGAGGGGCAGCAGCGGAGGCAACAACAACGGCUCGGAGCCGAGUGACAUCAUCAUCCCGCUGCGGACUGCUGACAGUGUCUUCUGCCCGCAUUACGAGAAAGUGAGUGGCGAUUACGGACACCCCGUUUACAUCGUACAGGAAAUGCCACCUCAAAGCCCAGCAAACAUCUAUUAUAAAGUGUGAAAAUGGACACGCUUCUUUCGGACGUUUUAACUCUAACCCCCCACAUGCCCCUCGAUGAACCCCCCGUGGGCGGAAUCGACACCUGAGCUCACCCUCUUCCUGCCCCCUCUUAUUUUUUUGUUGCUCUUGUUUAUUUUACAAUAUUGCUGAUUAUUACUCUCGGUAUAGAUGCUGCUGAUGGUGGAGUGACUCUCCUGAUUCGCUGCUCUUGCACCUGCAGAAAUGAAACAAACAAAUAGAAAAUGACAAAAAAGACAACAGAAACCCUCCGGGAGAUUGAGGUGCACUACAACGGAUACUAUAGCAUUUGUAUGAGGGAGUGUGUGUGAAUCAGACGAGGAGAGGGGGUUUGAGGGGGUGGCUGUGAAAAGAGAGGUCAAGACAAUGAUUCUUCCUCUUUUUUCCACUACAUCAUCUCCCUUAGAGACACAACACACGGAGAUGGAGAAGAGAAGUGACGUGACAGUAUCACAGAGCAAGAAAUAUGAACUUGAGCUGAUUAUUUAGCUUGGCCGAUUAGCUGAUCCGUCUCAAAACAGGAAGUGAAUGCAGCCUAUUGGCCAGAGCUACAGGAAGUGGAUUUAUCGAGGAAGCAGGAAGCUCUCCGGAGCCUACUGUUGGACAUUUGAAUGGACAUCAUCUGUUUUUGCACGUUCACUCGUACUGUUUUCAUUCACAUUAGCUCUCCUCAUUUGUUCACCUCUACAAAAUGACUCACGAUGUUUACUUGAAGUCUUUUUGUAUGGUCAUGCGUCUCGCGUGCAUUUCUUUUUGUCAUUCCCAGUGCAGUCCACUUGCAGAUUCGUUUGGUAGAAGACUAAUAUGUAUCAUCAUAGAGAUCCUUUUGUGCUGGUUUAUGUGCCGUUUAGUAGUGUGGAAGACACAUACACACAUUUCAUUUCAUAUACAUCUGCUGCCAGGGCUGGAAAAAUGAGACAAACAGAGAAAGAAGGAAGGAAGGAAGGAAAGAUCGUCGAUAUUUGGUACAGUUGUUGUCCUGAUGCCUGCUGGGAAGGUGGAGGACCCACAUGAACACUUUAGCAGCACUUUGAAAGCCUCACCACCUUUCCCACGUGGAGUACAAACUCAUGAAAACACAUUAAGACAGAGAUUGCAGGGAGCGAAUCACUCAAGGCUCAAUAGGAAAAUCUGUCAUCUCUGACACAAAAUGGCCGCCUUCCCCAGGCAUGUCGCUGCAAAAGUUCCUGUUAUUCUAGUAUUUCUGCCAUCACACACACACACACACACACACAUUCUCUUUCACCAGUGGCCUGUGCAGAUUGUGGAAAAGAAGAACUGGUGCUCUACGUUUUUGCUCAAAAGCACAGGGACAUCAAGAUAUAAUUGUUUAGUUUUGAAUGAAACAAAAGAUUUAAUUAGCAUUUCUUUAUGGAUUUGUUUAGCUGUAGAUGAAAACGGUUGGAAAGAGUGCACGUAGACUUUAUUUAUGAUACCAUACAGACAGGUUAGCGUGAAACAGCAACAACAUGAAUAAUUUAUGGCGAAUCUGCACAUUAUGCAAGCUUCGAGUUUUCCUUUUCGUUAACAGAUAUUUCUAUUUGCUUUUUUCCAUUGAUCCCUACAUGAAUAGCUGCCUUUUGACAACAAACACACACACAUACCCGCACAAAAAGCACAUGCGCUCAUGGCCAGGGAAGGGGUGGCUUUGGAAGGAGCCCUCAGGGAAAACAGCAUGUUGGGUUUUAAAAUAGCCGAAAGGAAUGAGAGGGAAUGGCCAGAAACGGACCAAAGGAAGGGCACGUCUAACAUAGUCCCGACUAAACCAACUUCUCUGGCCUGCCUGCCUCUGUUGAUGAAGCUCAGAUGUGCUCUGGGUCGAAAUUAGGCCCCUUAAUCUGGAAGAAAAGCAGUAGACGUGGGUUAGUGAACAUACCAGAUGAGAAUGAGCGCAGGCUAAAUGUAGUAAAUUGCAUGAAAUGGGAUCUUUCAGGCUCAAAUUGUGGGAGGUUUCUGGAGGGGGAAAAAACACAUUAUGAUCGAUGGAGGUCACAAGUGGACUUAGCGUGCGUUUUAGAGAGGAAGUCGCCAAGCAGAGGCCAGAGUAUCCCACAACCCGCAGCUCCCAGAGGAUUUUGGAACCCCUUACGUGUGUGUCGUCAUUCGUGCGAAACCCUUUGUGAGCAAUGCCAGCCUGCAGACAGUUAUCUUUAUUUGUUUCUUACAUUGAAAUCAAAAUCGUUCACCAAAGGUGGACUUUGAGAGUUGAAAAUGUCCACAAACUGACUGGAUUGCCAUAGUCGCACAUUAACUGUUCAUCCGUUUUGUUUUCACUUGUUCAUGGAGGUUCUUGAAUCUCACCGAGAAGCCAAGCCUUGUGUGAUCAGAAGCUUUGUGCCUCUGUAAGAGGCCACAAAAUCUGCAAAUAUGCAAUUUUUAUUUAUUUUUAUAACAAUUGAGAAAAAAAGAUGAUAUACGUUCACCUAUGGAAAAGUGUUCUUAACCACUGAAAAUUAAAUGAAAUAAUACAGCAUACGAAAACACUACAACCCGGUGUGUUAUUAUUAUUAUUUUAUUUUUUACUUUGUGCUGUAGGUUCAAGGUAAACUGUGAAACAUGAACGCUUACACACACAAAUACAUAUUGAAGACUGAGCAGUUGUUUGAAACUAUAGAAGACACACCACAAAAACCACAAACAUAUUGCUGUUCGGUUGCUGUCCCAUAUGGGCUAAAUAUGACAAUCUCCUUAGUUUCUUUGAAUCCGAAGACACUGUCCUGGCAAGCAGGUUGCAAACGUUCCCGUAACAUUUUAGGAGCGGUAGGACUUAGCUAGUAGCAUAAGAUGUUGCACCGAUGUGGGCGGAAGGUUUGCGAAACGCUGGGAGAGGUGUCUUCGGGCCACUGUAAAAUGCCUUGCUUGUAAGUUCACGAGACUCUAGUUUUUGCACCGUACAUCUGUAGGUGAGAGGCUGUAUAUACCUUAUUGUUUGUAUUGUAUAUGGAUCCCCGGUUGUUACAAUAGCCUUAUUCUCACAUUUCUAGCAAAUAAAAAAGUUAAAAAAAAAAAAAAAAACAUGAAUCACUU